AUGUGCCAACAUUACAUUACCCCCUGUGUGGAGAAUGACAGACUCUCCCCACUCCCGCUCUUUGUCUGUGGGGUCACGUCCCGCCCUUUAACUCCCAGACCCUGGACCUCCGACCCGGGUCCGUCAUUCGGCCGACACCUCCAGCGCUUUGACAGCUCCCUAAGCUCGCUGACCCCACAGUCCAAGCAGCCAAAGAGCCAAAGAGCGGCAGAGACGGAGCCGCGACCUUCCCUCAGAGGGGAACCCGUGUUUGCCCAGCACGAGUGGCAGCUUACCUGUUCCAAGAGCCCAGGGCCGGGUUGGAAAAGAGAGAGGAGCAGACAGGAGGGCAAAAAGUGA